UUGUGUUUAUUGUGUCUUUAUAUUUUUGCGAAAAGAAAACGUAAGAUGCUGUGCUUCAAGCUUCUGCUUUUUCUGGCAACAGUAGCAUUGACCAGUUGUGAUGUCUCUCAUAUCCUGGAAGAACCCAAAACGGAACAGCCACCACCAAAACCGUACUCAUUCUCCUACACCGCUGGGAGGUACCCUGGCCACACGGACAGACAGCACUCGGAAAGCAGUGAUGGCAGCGGAGUAGUCAAAGGUUCAUUCUCCUACGUGGACCCCCGUCAAAAAGUCCGCACAGUUGAUUACGUCGCGGAUAAAGAGGGCUUCCAUCCAUCACUCAGUGAAGUACCGCCGGAACACCCUAGUGACUCUGAAUCUGUUGCCCUGGCAAGGGACAGGCACUUCCAGUUAUACUCCAAGAUAGCUGAGGAACAUGCUCAUCCUGAAAACGUCUUCCCCUCGGUCCCUCGGCAGUCCGAAGCAGUGGCGACCGCAACCUUAAAGCACUUAAAUCUGUUCCGAGUGAUAGCAGAGCAGCACGCACGCAUCGCUGCCGAAAGAGAAGCACUACAGAGGGAGGAAGAGGAGCAACAACACCUGCAAGAGCUGCAGCACCUGCAGGAGCCACAAGAACUAGACCAUUGA